CCAUCACCUUUAACAGGCAGACACAGCUCAUAAGGAACAUCAACGAGGAAGAUGAAACUUUGCGGAGUCAGAUGACGAAAUGCUGAGGAGGAGGAACCCGAGGGACGGGAUCUCUCCGCAACAGGCACCGCAACAACAAGAAGGAAAUGCUUCAGUCCUGUGGAUGGCGCUGAGAGAGAAGGAAAACUCGCAUACUUCGUCUGUCCCUCUGUCAAAUAGAGAUCCUCUCAGAAAUCAACAUCCAACGUUCAGCGUUUCACUGGAAGCGGUGCUGUGGAUUCACCAGCCUAUCUCCGUCACGGAGGAGGACAACAACAAGACCAUGUGGCUCUUCAAUGCACAGCCUGAUUUCAAAGCGGGAAACAAGGUGUCGAAGAAAAGCCCGCAGUGUCUGCUGGAGCACAGCGACAACAUUUCUAUUCACAUCAGCCAUAUUGAAAUGUUUGCAGUGGCUCGACAAUUCAAACAAUCCCAAUGCUCAGACUGCUGCACUGCUGUCAGGUUAAUAGAGCAAAUCUCGAUGAGCAAAGUACCGGCCCCAUUCAGACGGGCUGGGGAGGAGCAGUGGGAGGGGUUUAUGUCUGCAGCCACGGGUUCAGGAAAGCAGACAGAGGCUGAGCGCACCGAGAGAUUCACUUUUCACCAAGCAACUGUUUUCACUCACUUUGUGUCCGCGCUGUCGAGUCGCUGUCUUCUGCACCGUGAUUAGACAGUGGAGCCAGUGGCGCACUAGAGCCGGUGCUCUGAAUCCGACACUAAAACUGUCUCUCUAACAGAGGUUCGAGUUUCAUUAUUUCAUUACAGGGAGACAAUAUGCUUUUAAUAAAAAACACUAUCGUUCACAUAAACU